AGGGAGGUGGGUUCUGAGUGACAAAAGAUUAGCGGACAUCUGGAUUUUGGUCAAAGACUAGCUUCGCCACAAAUCAGAACUGCCAAGCAUUUACCACAUCUAUAACACGACAAAAAUAUCAAGUAGUGUGACGACGCCACAAACUUGAAGCGUGACGUUGAUGCCAGUCUGCAACUGCGAAGAUCAGUGGGCAAUCGCGUACAACACGAAGGAGCAGGAGACAAAUGGCGUUGGCAAGUAUCACAGAUUACGAGCUUGAAGAAAUCAGAGAGAUGUUUUCAUUGUUUGACACAAAUCACGAUGGUAGAAUCACCUCAGAGGAGUUAGGAAUCGUGUUGGAAAGGCUUGGAUAUAUCAUAUCUUCAGAAAGCCUGAAGGCACUUGUGGAUGAGAUGGACUAUGAUGGGAGUGGCACGAUAGAAUUGACCGAGUUUGUGCGCAUAAUCGAGGCAAGGAAGGAGACAGUUAACAUUGAAGAAGCAAUGAUUGAAGCUUUCAGGGUUUUUGAUCAAGACCAAAAUGGGUUCAUCGAGCGACGAGAGUUGAAAAAUGUCAUGAAGUCGCUUGGAAACAACCUUAAUGACAAGGAUAUUGAUAGAAUGAUGAAAGACGCCGAUAAAAACGGAGAUGGACGGAUUGAUUUUCAAGAGUUCAUCAAUCUUUGGAAUGAGCAUUUGUAAAAGAUAUUGGGUUUAGCGUGAAACCACUUUUUAGCUGCUUCUGUGAAGAGAAAACAUUGGAAAAAUUAAAUAGACCGACCAGUUGAUAUGAGGUGGAGCAUUUCAUGUCUGGCUGACCUUGCCACUGAUGGAGGUGAGUGACAUUGAAGCAUAUCAUAACUUGAGCUCACCAAAAUGACUGAUUGUAGAUUUAUAUCUAAUGAUCGCCCACGCAUUACAAGAAGUAAUAUUUCGAUUCAUUGUUUAUAAAUAAUUAGCCUCCGUGCAGACUUUAUAGAUAAACUAAUCAUGAUCUUUUAGAAUUAAUGUAAAUAAAUAUGAAAUAUUCACUGCAUAGUUCUACCUUGAGUAAAAAUCCCGUGUAUAAGCCUCAUAUAGAUUUAGCCUUAAUUUUAAGUAUAAAUUACAUACAAAAUUUUGGAUGGAUCUCAGCAUUUUCAACAAAAACUGUCCUCGGUAAUGGUCCAGGUUGUGAUGGUCCUCGGUAAAACUGCUAUUUUAGAAAUUCUACCUAACGUAAAAAUUCCAAUUUAAAAUACAUACAUACAAGAGUAUGAUCAGGAUCGCAGAAUGACAUAUUUUUUAGAGUGAGAAAAAAGCUUAAUUGUCCCUGGGUGGCCACUGCGCCCCUGGUCAAAAGACAAUAAAUUAAUCAGUUGCAACUACAAAAUUUCAUUUAUCUGCCCCCUCCCACACCCUUGUUUCUUUUUAGCUAACCAUAACAGUUUAAAAAUUGCAGGAUAUUUUUGUCGUCUUGUCUCCAAUUUAUGCAAUAAUGUUUUAUUUCCAGGCCAUAACCUUUAUGUAAAUUAGUGCUAUAACAAAUUAAGUAAGGUUGAUUACAAUAUGGUACCUUACGAUUAUUUAUAAAGAUUUUAUAAAUGCACAUGAAAUUUAUUUAUUUUCUAACUGAAAGUUGCUUAUUUUUAAUUUGAUAAUCAUUUAUUUAUUUCUUCCUAA